ACCAAACAAACCAUUAAAGGCAGCAGCCCAUCUGCCCCGCCAUCUCCUCCCCAAACCACCGAGCUCUGCUUUGCCCUGCCCUCCACCCCGGAGCAGAGCUUCCCCGCCUUUAAGAUGCUUUACAUGGUGUAGGCGGCAAGAACCUCCCCUCUUCCUUUUAAGGGGCAUUGCCCUUUCCCCUGCAUUUUCCCUAUGGUUUAGUGCUUUGGUUAUAGUCCCUUGCUCUGGCUGCGAAAUGGCGGCGGGGUUGCUGCUGAAGAUGGUCGUGUUCUGCGUCUGGGCCCUUUUCUGGCUCGGCGGGUCGGCCACCGUGAGCACUACCGCCGGCGCGGCCUUCGGCGGCGGCGAGGCGGUGGUGGUGGACUCGCGGUCCGCCGUCGCGGUGACGGACGAGGACUUCGUGUGCGCAACAUUGGACUGGUGGCCGCCAGACAAGUGCGACUACGGCACCUGCGCCUGGGGCAACGCCUCCCUGCUUAACCUGAAUCUUUCCAACAAAAUCUUGCUGAAUGCCGUCAAAGCUUUCUCCCCGCUUAAGCUCCGGCUGGGCGGUUCUUUGCAAGAUAUGUUGAUAUAUGGCACCGGCGACCCUCGGCAGCCAUGCACGCCAUUCGUGAAGAACACGUCAGCGAUGUUUGGUUUCACGCAAGGUUGCCUGCCGUUGCAUAGAUGGGACGAGCUCAAUGCACUCUUCAAAAAAUCUGGGGCAAAAGUUACCUUUGGGUUGAACGCUCUGAACGGCCGGGUUCCAAUGCCUGAUGGUUCGUUAGGGGGGCCAUGGAAUUACACAAAUGCAGCUGAUUUUAUUCGCUACACUGUCGACAAGGGAUAUGAUAUCCAUGGAUGGGAGCUUGGAAAUGAACUUAGUGGCAGUGGAGUUGGAGCUCGGAUUGAUGCAGACCAAUAUUCAGCCGACGUGAUCACUCUAAAACACAUCAUUGACAGCACCUACCAAGGCUACCCAUCAAAGCCACGGCUACUUGCACCAGGAGGCUUCUUUGACGCAGCCUGGUUCACCGAACUCGUCGGCAAAACAAAGCCAAAUCAACUGGACGUGAUCACUCACCAUAUCUACAAUCUAGGCCCUGGUGUUGACGACCAUCUGAUUGAGAAAAUUCUUAAUCCAUCUUACCUCGAUGGAGAGGCGAGCACGUUCAGCAAUCUUCAGGGGAUACUGAAGUCUGCAGGGACGUCGACCGUCGCAUGGGUCGGCGAGGCUGGAGGGGCGUACAACAGUGGCCACCACCUUGUAACUGACGCAUUUGUUUUCAGCUUCUGGUACCUGGAUCAGCUUGGGAUGUCAUCAAAGUAUGACACAAAGAGUUACUGUAGACAGACCUUGAUUGGUGGGAACUAUGGCCUGCUCAACACAACAACAUUUGAACCAAAUCCUGAUUAUUACAGUGCUUUACUAUGGCAUCGCCUCAUGGGAACUAAGGUUCUCUCGACAACAUUCAACGGCACAAAUAUGAUCCGUGCAUAUGCACAUUGCACAAGAAAUUCGGAUGGGAUUACUCUGCUCUUGAUCAACCUCAGUGGCAACAACACAAACCACAUUUAUGUGACAAGCGAGGGUGCACAUGCCCAGGGUGCAAGGAAGGAGGGAAGAAGGUUUGGCCACAUUCCUGGGCUUGGCGAAGCAGCUGAGCUCACAAGAGAAGAGUACCAUCUCACUCCAAAAGAUGGAAAUCUGCAGAGCCAACAUGUGCUGCUAAAUGGCAAUUUGCUGGCUACUGAUUCCAAUGGAGACAUCCCAAAGCUGGAACCUGUACAAGUUGAAGGAACACGGCCCAUAACCGUGGGUCCUUACUCCAUUGUGUUUGCUCAUAUCCCCAGCUUCUAUGCUCCAGCCUGUAGGUAGAUCUAGAUCUUUGGUUUGAUUGUUUUUUCGCUUUUUCGGUGUGAAUGAUGCUAUUGUCUGUAGAUUAGAUGAAGUCCGAGUGAACGGCGAAGCUUGUUCACCUGGACAUGAAGUAAGCUGUAAGGCUGAAGGAUUUGUGAUUCGUCAUUCUUUUAGGAAAAGAAAUGAUCAGAAAGUGUACGAGCAAAAAGGAGGGAAAUGAAAUAAAUUAAAAGAAAAAAAAAGGAUUUGCGAUUUUGGUCCAC